CCAAAACAAUUAUUUAAUUAAGAGAAAGAAAAAAACAAAUGAAUAAAUAAUUAGCUAAUGGUUACGUCAUUAUAGUGACACCCAAUUUCUCCAUUUAUGGUCGCUCUCACCUCGCGUUGACAUCAACAAAUCUCCCACUCUCUCUCUCUCUCUCUUUCUCUCUUUCUCUCUUUCUCUCCCUCUAAUGAAGACGAUGCGAGGUUUACGAAACUGCUCAAACGACGCCGUAACGCUGGACCUGACGGUUCAUCCCCCUCCUACUCCUUCUCCUCCAUCAGCACCAGCAACAGUCUCCUCUUCCACCGCCUCGACGAGCCUGUCGUUCGACGAAGAGGAGACAUCAGAGUCAAAGAUCGGACGGCUGAUAUCAGAGCAUCCAGUCAUCAUAUUCACUCGGUCUUCCUCAUGCUGCAUGUGCCACGUCAUGAAGAAGCUUCUGUCUACCGUCGGAGUUCACCCAACAGUGAUCGAGAUCGACGACGGAGAGAUCGCUUACCUCGCCGUAGAAGCUGCUCCGGUGCUUUUCAUCGGUGGUGCUUGUGUCGGUGGGUUCGAAUCACUUGUAGCACUUCACCUUAGUGGUAACCUUAUUCCUAGACUCGUUGAAGUCGGUGCCUUAUGGCCUUAGUAAUUGUAUUUUUCUUGUUAUGUUGUUUUUUUUCUUUUCACUCUAGCUUAUUUAUAACUAAUUAUGAAAAUCUGAUAAUCAUAUUUCAAAAAAAAAAAACCACCAUUGUAAAUUUCCAUUUGAAACAUAAAAUUGUUGUAUUUGUUUGUCUGAAAUCUUUUUACCAAUUGUGUUA